UGCAGGUAUAAAAAGACAGACAGAUCAGAGUGUUUACGGUACAGAGUCUUGUAGGAAAAACAUCAUGGAAAUGGUGAAUCUUCUCCUUCUGGCUGUUACUUUAGGGCUUGCAGGAGCAUCUCCCCUCCAGGUUGACAAGGAAUGCCAACCUCACUCAAGACCCUGGCAUGUCAGGCUGCAUGAUAAAGGAGUGCAUUGCAGUGGAGCCCUCAUCAAUGAAUGGUGGAUCGUGACCUCCUUUGACUGUUCAGCCAAAUCUUUCAGCACCAUUGCAUCCCUUGGGGAACAUGACAAAACUGUGGAGGAAGGCACAGAGCAGCAUGUUUACGUUUCUGAUGUAAUCCGUCACAGCCCCUACCGCUCGCCUUUCCAUAGCCUCACCAUGGUACGUCUGUCCCAACCUGCCCACUUCAACCAGUAUGUGCAGCCCAUUCCCCUGCCCACCCGCUGUCCACAGCCUGGAGAGACCUGCUCUGUCAGCGGCUGGGGCUCCACCAUCGCAAAUCAGUAUGAGCCCUCUCCACGCUUGAAGUGUAUAACUGUGCCAGUUGUAGAUGAUCAGACUUGCAUGAACACCUUCCCUCCAAUGGUGUACUGGAGCAUGGGCAUGGUCUGCGCUGGUCAUGCAAACACAGAUAACUGCCUGAAUGACAGAAGCAGUGUGAUGGUGUGUGAUGGCCAAGUGCAAGGUGUAGCAUGGUUCCAACAUGGCUGCGAGAACCCAGCUCACCCAACAGUUUACACAAAGCUCUGCCGGUACAAUAACUGGAUCAAUGCAGUAAUGAGCAAUUUCAGACCCACAACAACUCUACCCACGACAACAUUAAGCCAUGGAAAGUAAAAUAAGAGCACUGUUAUCAGUGUUGCUCCUCAUCAUUCUGCAUGCAGGAUGAGUGACUGGAAUUAAAGUUUAGAAGUUAUUUUUUAUUAG